UUGACAGAAAGUCGUUGGAGGUGUUUUGGACUGGCAUAUGAAAACGUUAUUGUUUAUUACUUUUCUAUCAGGUUUUGUUGAUAUUUUUAUUAAUACAUUGACCUGGUUAGUAGUUGAUUAAGAAUUUAUUGAAAAUCUGUAAAGUUAAAAAGUACAACAAUGAAUGAACCGAGCGAGGCAAUGGAAAUCGAAGGGACAGAUGGAAAUACCAAUAGCAAACAGUCCAUGGACACGUCCGAAAUUAAUAAAAAUGUUAUGGCAGCUGGUGCCACUGGAUCUGUUAUGUGUUCUUUGCAUCCUUUAGUUAUAAUGAAUGUCUCAGAACACUGGACGAGAACACGAGCCCAAGAAGGUUUAGUUCAACAAGUGGUUGGAGCAUUAAUUGGGAAACAGAAAGGAAGAAACAUAGAAAUUAUGAAUUCAUUUGAAUUAGUCUUUGGUUAUAUAGGUGAAGACAUUGUUGUGGAUAGAGAUUAUUAUAACAUGAAGGAAGAGCAAUUCAAGCAAGUAUUCAGUGAUAUGGAUUUUAUUGGAUGGUAUACAACAGGUGAUGUCCCAAAUAGUUCAGACAUAAAAGUGCACAAGCAAAUAUGUGAAAUUAAUGAUUCCCCAAUUCUUUUGAAACUAAACCCAUAUGACAAGAAUAUAGAUCAUCUCCCAGUUUCCUUAUAUGAAUCAGUCAUAGACUUAAUCAGUGGGGAAGCUACUAUGCUUUUUGUACCUCUAACAUACACUUUAGCAACUGAAGAAGCAGAACGAAUUGGAGUUGACCAUGUUGCUAGGAUGUCAUCUAAUGAUUCUGGUGAAAGUUCAUUGGUUGCUGAACACCUUACCGCCCAACAUAGUGCAAUAAAAAUGUUACACUCAAGAGUUAAAUUAGUAUUAGAAUACAUGAAGGCAGUUCAAAGUGGUCAACUGCCUCGUAACCAUGAAAUAUUAAGAGAAGCAUAUUCCCUAUGCCAUAGAUUGCCUGUGGUACAAAGCAAUAGAUUCAGACAAGACUUUUAUAAUCAAUGUAACGAUGUAGGACUUAUGACCUAUCUUGGAGCUCUGACAAAAGGAUGUAAUGAUCUUAAUCAGUUUGUUAAUAAAUUCAAUAUCCUUUAUGACAGGCAAGGAUUGGGAAGGCGAAUGCGAGGUAUAUUCUUUUAAAAAGUUGGGUUAAAU